GUUAACAAAACAUGGCGGAGUUUCACGAGUGUCAUGGAACUUUGGUAUUUUUAAGCAAUGGUAACCGCAGUGCUCGAAGACGAAGCUCCGCCGCAGAAUUUAAUAAUGGUCUGAUAUUUAGUAAGAGCCCAAUGAAGGACAAUGAACGAUUUGAGGUACGACUGGACCGUAAAAUUGGAAACUGGUCAGGAUCCUGGGCGAUCGGCGUGACAGCCGGCGAUCCCAGCGUUAUGGAAAUUCCAUCGAGUUCAACGGGCCUAAAAAAUGGCUCUUGGGUCAUGUCUGGAAUGUCUAUUCUAAAGGACGGUUCUUCUUUUGUGGAAGAAUAUGGUCAAGACCUCGACGAGCUCAAAGAGGGAGACAGGAUAGGUGUUGAAAGGACAGCCCAUGGAAGUUUACAUUUCUUUGUCAAUGGAGUUGAUUUGGGAGUUGCGGCUACAGAUAUUCCUCAAAAUGUUUUUGCUGUUGUAGACUUGUACGGAAGAUGUGUUGAGAUAUCAAUUUACAAACCUUUCAAUCGUGUAUCUGGUCCUUCAACAGCAUCAGUUUGCUUUCACCCUCAUUGUGGAUCACUAAUAAAACUCUCUAAUAGUAACAGAACUGCAGAACGACAACGACCGACAGAAGAGUUUAAGAAUGCUGUAACUCUGACGAACAUACCACUACGAAAUGAUGAAGCAUUUGAAGUUCGGUUAGAGUGUGUCACUGAUUUAUGGGCAGGCUCAAUAGAAGUUGGUGUCACAAGUCACAAUCCAGAUGAUAUUGUUUUGUUACCGACCAUGACCAGCAUGCCAACGGGGACUUGGAUGCUGAGUGGAGCAUCAAUUAUUGUUGAUGGCAAGGAAGUGAAAAGAGACUACUCAAGUAUCAAUUUAGAAACACUACAGGCAGGAGACACAAUUGGAAUUUUGAAAAAGAGUACAGGCUCUCUUCACUUCUUGAUCAAUGGGCAAGACCAGGGUGAAGCAGCCAGCAAUCUGCCUAGUAAUGUUUAUGGGGCUGUAGAUAUUUAUGGAGCUGCAGUCAAAGUGUCUAUUAUAUCAGCUCCUCAUAUAGAACAAGAGCAAGACUCUGGUCAGUUAAUAAAUGAAAGUGUAAUCAAUGCAAGUGGCAAUGCACUUGUGUUUCAUCCUCGCUGUGGCUCCUCUGUCUCAUUGUUUAAUGGCUUUCUUAGUGCUCACAGACCAAGAGCCAGCGAAGAAUUCAAUAAUGCUGUUGUUUUAACAAGUCGGUACUUGAAACCCAAUGAACUCCUCGAGGUGCGAGUCGAUAUACAAAUGACAAAGUGGGCAGGGUCUCUUGAGAUUGGAGUCACCACCCAUGAUCCUGAAAAAUUAGAUUUUCCUACAACAAUGACUAAUGUACAGCCACCUGGUACCUGGAUGAUGUCAGGGGGGAGCAUUGUGUGCGAUGGUGUUACUGUCAUUGAAAACUAUGGUCCAACACUGGAUGAAAUCAAGGUUGGUGAUACAGUUGGAGUGAUACGCAAAGAAGAUGGCUCAUUACACUUCUUUGUAAAUAGCACUGAUCUUGGUUGCGCAGCACAUGGUGUGCCAGCUGAUGUUUAUGGAGUAGUUGACUUGUUUGGUCAAUGUGCUCAAGUGACUAUUGUCUCUGGGACUCAGGAAAAUGGAGAGGUUGAUUUAACAAACUCACUGAAUGACGUUUCGGAAAUAACUAUUAUUGCACCAGAACCACAACAACCUGUAGAGUCACCUCCAUCGCAGGAAAUCAUGGCAGAAUCGAAUGAGGGUUUUUUUAAAUUCAGUUCUUUUCAUGGCGGACAAGUAGCUGUCAGUCACAACUGUCGUAGUGCAGUUCGCAUUAAUCCGCUGUGUGAAUUUAACAAUGCUAUUGUGAUGAGCCACAGGCCUUUAAGAGACAACGAGCUGUUUGAAGUUAUUGUGGAAAAGCUUGUGAGUCGAUGGUCUGGCUCGAUGGAAGCAGGAGUAACUACAGUCUCUCCUGAUCAGCUCAAGUUCCCUCAUACCAUGACUGACCUUGUUAGUGGGGCAUGGAUGGUGUCUGGAUCGUCUGUGCUACAGAAUGGUAGCACAUCCAUGAAUGGGUAUGCCUGUGACUUGGACAAAUUAGAGGAAGGGUCCCGUCUUGGAAUAAUGCGUAAAUCGAGUGGAUCACUACAUUUCUUUGUCAAUGGGCAAGACUGUGGAGUUGCUGCUUCUAGUGUUCCAUCAGGAAUCUAUGCUAUGAUUGACCUGUAUGGCCAGUGCGUCCAGAUCUCUAUAUAUGAUGCAGAUUACACUGAAUCUCAAGAGACGAUUCCAGUCCCUGCUGAACAGAGAGAGACAGAGGCCAGCCCUAUAAUUACAGAAGGGCCAGCAAGUAAAGUGACAUGCGGAUUUCAUUCCUGUUGUGGAAGAAACAUUCGACUUGUGAACAAUAAAAUGACUGCGUAUAGAUGCAGUGGAUUUAAUCAAGGUCUGGUGUUCAGUGCAAAACCUUUGGAAGAAGAUGAAAUAUUUGAGAUUGUCAUCGACAAAGUUACAGGUAAUGACUGGUCAGGAUCUUUAACAGUUGGUAUCACAACAAAAACCAUACCGCUAGUGACUGUUCCUGCCUCAGCACUAGACCUGCGAGAUGGGACUUGGCUGAUGACCGGCUCCUGUGUCAUGAAAGACAGUGCGAUUGUAAAAGAGAACUAUGGACACAGUUUGGACAGACUACAGGCUGAGACAAGAAUAGGAAUGCAAAGGCGAAGAGAUGGGACUUUUCAUGUGUUCGUAAAUGGGGAGGAUCAAGGAGUCGCAGCUGUGGAUGUUCCUCAGAUUGUUCAUGCAGUAGUUGAUGUCUAUGGCAUGGCGCAACUUAUCUCUAUAUCGAGUCCGACUACCGUCGAUCGAGCUUUGCCUGCCAGUGAACUGGUGGAUGGCGAACCACAAUCGUCCGUUUCUCCUGACAUCGAGACAUCAGAUCAAGUCGAAGAAGAUACAAGAGAGGCAAUAAAAAUAUUUAAAAAAUUUCUUUUCCAUAAAAACUGCGGUCAAUUCAUUUCACUGGAUAGUAACCGAACAACAGCGAGAAGAGUUGACAGUUACAAUCAUGGAGUAGUGUUGAGUGAAACACCUCUACCAGAUAACCACUUAUUUCAGGUAUGUAUCAGAAAGUUGAAUAGCCGCUGGACUGGCUCUGUUAUGAUCGGCGUCACGGCUCAGGACCCAGACUCCCUCACCAGCCUUCCAAGCACGGCUAACAGCAUCAAGAUCUGUCCUUGGAUUGUUGUCAAUAACGCAGUGUAUGUUAACGGGAACAAGGUAAACGACAAUCUACGGCGAAGUCUUGACAGUCUUCAGGAAGGAGAUACCCUUGGAGUUUUGAUCGAUAAGAAAAGCAGGUUGCACCUGCUUAUUAACGGAGAGGACCUGGGGCCGAUUGCCCAGGCCAUCCCCGCCAGACGAUUUGCAGUGCUGGACUUGUAUGGUUGCUGCGAGGAAGUGUCUAUCGUAACUGCUGAUCAUGGUGAACGCGGGCGUGUUUCUAUGGAGGAAACCAAGAUUGAGAGAAGCUCGGGUGAACAUAGUAAAGGCCCGUGUGAUUACAGACAGCUUUGUGAUCGAUUCCGUGCUAGUUUGGCAAUACCAGAUGAAUAUUUUAAUACAGACUGCAAAUCCAACGUCUGCUAUUGCCAGGCGUGCCACGAAGCCCGAGGUGAAAAACGUUAUGCUAUCAGCGGUGACCCACCUUGUCGGUAUGCGCUACCUUUGGGAUGGUGUCAGUUUGCGCUAAGAAUUCCUCCACGAGUCGAAGAAUAUCACGUGUUCGACAAAUGGCACGUGGCAUUUUACGGAACUCCUAUUGGUCGACUUAGAAGAAUGCUUGAUCUUGGUGAUAUUCCACUGCAAGUCUGUAGUGGUCAGCGGCGGAGGGGCUCAUCAAACAAAGAAAAUGAAGUCCCCCAGCUCUGUGUGUCACCCACAAUCCUUUGCGCGUACGAAGCCCAAGCUAAAAGACAGGAAUACAGAGAUAGUACAACAGGAAAAGUCUAUCAUGUCCGAGUGGCUUUACAAGUUCUCGUGAAGCCUGGUAAUUACAGAACAGGUCGGAGUCACCGUGAUGUUGACGCAAACGAGCUGCUCGAUGAAAAUCUUGGCACAGAAAAUCUGGAAUGGUAUUUAGAGAACCAAGGCUCUGUAGUCUUGACCGCUCUGCUUAUAAAUAUUGAGCCAACAUAGCAUUAAAAAUAGCUUAAAACAAUUUUUUGCGAGUUGUUGCUAAAUUAUGAACACUUAGGAUUCAAGGUGUAAAUUAUGUGGAGAUUAUUUAAAGAGACGAUGUAUUUCCCGCGGUCAGGGUUUGUAAGAGACUUUUGAAUCGCCAACAAUCAGAGCUUUUAACUAUUACUACUAUUCUUACUUUUAUUCUUAUCAUUAUUGAUAUUAUCAUUAUCAUUAUCAUUAUCGUUACUACUACUAUUAUUAUCUUCAGGUAUAUUUUGAUAGGAUCAUGUUAGCCUUUAUGAUAGAUCUCCCCCCCCCUGCUGAGCCCACACAUUUGAUCACAAAUUCCUCAGGGUAAACUCGUCUCCCUUUUCUUUAUUAGAAGUAGCCCUCGAGGGUGAUUGGUUCAGAAAGUCUUAAAGAAAAUUGAGUAACAGAGUUAAUGCAGGCUGCAAGGCUGGCUAAAAGUUGUUUUGUGUUCUUCGUUCAUUGAAGAUGUUGUAGUUUAAAAUGAAGGAGCCGCAAACCCAAAAUCCUCCCCCCACUCUCUCCUAGUUGAAUAUUUUGUAAGCCAGAACUUGUUUUAAAGUUCGUCUUUACUAUAUGAAACCCCGUAAUAGAAAAUACAUCUUGAUUACAUCAAGACGUUAAUUUGUCUGAUGAAUUAACAGUGGAGUGCAAAUAGAUAAUUUUUAUGAGUAUUCCUUUAGUUACAUGGCCAAAAUGUUGGCACCACCAAACUGUUGAUUGAAUUUUUGCUGGAGUCAGUAAAAAGUGAUUCUAAAUUAGGUUGUUCUCGUUGGUAUCAUAAUCGGCAUAAUGCUGCCAUCUGAAAAAGUAUUUUUUGAGAAACUAAAAUAUUUGAAGAUGUUAUUUUCUAAUUAAGCUAAAAGACAUUUUGUACAUGGGGCCGGAACCGGUCAGAAAGUCCCAUUACACGUCAAGUGGCGUAACAGUCUAUGAUUUUGAAUUUUUUACAACUGAAAGCCUCAAUCAGUAAGAGAUGGUCAUGAAUGGUAAACUAUUGACUAUCCUUCAGAGUUCAAGAUAUUUCAUCUAAAAAUGGAAAUUAAAGAUGAAAGGAUG